GCAGCCCAACUAAGCCCAUGAAGCGCCUGCUAGAAAUUAGGGUUUACGAGCACGCCCCCGGUAUAAAAUAGGCGAGGCUCCGAGCCGCUUGGCCUCCCGCAGCCGCCAUCCCAACCCCGGAACAGAGCAACGCGACGCCGCGGCACCUCAUCUCCGGCGAAGGGAAAUGGCAACCGUUCCUGGGGAUCUGAUCUGGCAGGUUGUGAGGAAGAACAACUCCUUCCUUGUGAAGCAGUUUGGCAACGGCAAUGCUAAGGUGCAGUUCACCAAGGAGCCCAACAACCUCUACAACGUCCACUCCUACAAACACUCUGGCUUGGCGAACAAGAAGACUGUGACUAUCCAGCCAGCUGCUGGAAAGGACUCGGCUGUGGUCCUCUCAACUACCAAGACCAAGAAGCAGAACACACCUGCUAAGCUCAGUCACAAGUCUGUGAUGCGCAAGGAGUUCCGCAAGAUGGCUAAGGCCGUGAAAAAUCAGGUUAGCGACAACUACUACAGGCCUGAUCUGACCAAGCCGGCUCUUGCUAGGCUGAGCUCAGUGUACCGCAGCCUCCAGGUUGCCAAGUCUGGUGUCAAGAAGAAGAACAGGCAGCCCAAGCACUAAGCUUGUUCUGUCAAGGGGCUGUUGGUGCUCAUAGUCCCAGCUUAUGUUUAUCUAUGUUCCAACAGUUUUGAGACUUGAAGUGAGACUUGCUAGAACUAGAACAAACCAUGUUAAGAUGCUGCCGUGUGUCAUUUCAUAACAAAAAAUUGCUUGGCUCUUGAUUACUGCUUUGUUGCCGUGUCAUUGCAUGUCAAAAAUUGCUUGGCACUUGAUUGCUGCUUUGUUUGCAAACUUUUGCUGGUUGUGAUUAGCCUCCCUGUUA